AUGUCAGACAGAGAAGCAUUGAGAAUUUUUUCUAGACAGCCAGUUAGUGAAGAGAUGAUCUCAUUUUUGGCUUCUACCACUAGUUCAGUCAUUCAAGUCAAGACACCAAAACCACACAAGGUGUCGAUGAAUGACAGCAACUUGCUAAUUAGUCCGGUUUGCAAGACACAUGUGUCAUUAUCGGUGUUCAUCAAGAAGUUGAUCAAAUAUUCGAAUGUGCAGACACCUACGUUAAUGGCUAGUUUGAUAUACCUUAACAAGCUUAGAAACAUUUUGCCAGCUAAUGCAGUCGGUAUGGAAACCACCAGACACCGUAUUUUUUUGGGUGCGUUGAUCUUGAGUGCAAAAUCGUUGAACGAUUCGUCGCCCAUGAACAAGCACUGGACCAAAUACACCGACGGAUUAUUGACGAUUGAAGAAGUUAAUAUGGCCGAGAGAGAGUUAAUUGGUUUAUUAAAGUGGGAUAUCAAUGUCAAGGAAGACGAGUUAAUUUUGGUAUUACAGCCAUUCUUGACGUCCAUCAAGAAUAAUAUUCGCAAGAAGAACCAAGACGAAUGUAAUGCUAAGAUUAACUAUUACAGAUUGUCGAACACAUACAAGUGUGCUGGUUCGAGGUCUAACUCGUCUAAUUCGAUUUCAUCCAUUAAAUCUUCGAUGUCGUUGAACUCGUCUCAAUCCUCGUUGUCUUUGCACAGCAACAGUUCGUCUAGCUAUAAUUUGUCUUCGUUUGACGAGCAGGAUGAAUACGCAUCACUGUCCAAACAGGACAGAAUUCCUUUGUCAGGUAAAUCGGUGAACACCCUUAAUAUUCCAACCGAACACGAUAAGGCAAAAUGCAUGUACAGUAAUUACAAUCAGUCUGGUAUUAAUGUAAUUAAUAAUGAAAGAAUCCUUGUUUAA